UUCAGCUUCCCAUUACUGGCUAAAGUUACCACACUCGCAAACACACAAGCUGAUUAAAACAUUGAUAUACAAUCGGUUAAAAACUGAACAAGUAGUUAUUACCACUGUGAUAAACAUUUUCUGUUCUGUCUGCACUGCCCUAUGUUUUGACGUAUAUAGCGCUUGAUCAGCAACGAUUCCACUUAUGACGCGCGCUCAUUCGCAUUGUUGUCAACAAUUGCUACACGUCUCCGCAACCGCGCAGCUGCUCGUUCAAAAAUGGAUCAAUCGAAAGAUUAUUUUGUUGUUGCCCAAACUAAGGAGGCGGGGAAGCAUGUUCUCACCGCAGUUCCGUGUCGAUGGAUCCGAGACGGGUGUCUCUUUUGGCCUGGCAAAAAUGCGAACAAAUUGAGAAAGAAUCUCACCUCAGAACCAAGCGCCGGUUGGAGUAAGAUUGCGUGCAGCAUCAAAAGGAAGUACAUCCCGUCCUACGAGGAAGCGGAGGCAGAAGCCGCCGAGCUUUCCGGACAAAAUACGGAGAGUUCCGAUGCAGCACCGCGGAGGAAGAAACAAAAAAGAGCGACGAAAGAUGACACAAGCCGCCGAUUUGAUUUUAAUCAUCUAGUUCCCGGCGAGGCUCCUGGAGACGGAAGUUCGAGUACCUUCAGCACGACAAGCAACCUGCUCUGCAGCACCGAGCCGGAACCUACCGGAACAGAAAUGAACACCCAAGUCGUCGGUGAAGCUCAAAACCAACCUGGUCCAUCUCACAACUUUCUCUGCACUGCAAAUGCAAAUCCGGUGGAAAACGCCUUCUCCACACAGCCGGUUCCCGACCAGCCCGUUUAUGUUACGACAGUUCCUCUUCCCGAAUCAGCACAACACGCAUCGGAUGAAAUUCAGGCGAUUGCGACGGAGGGAGAAUACGUGUAUUUCCAACAGCCAACUAUUGACGUGGACUACAUCGUUAGGGCCGUGACGGACAAAAUCGAGGCGGAAUGCUCCAAAAUGAAGCAGGAAAUACUCGCGGCUGUUGGGUCUAUGAUGGCAACGUUAAAAAGCGACAUGGACGUUAAAAUUGCAGCGGCUUUGCGUGCGCAAGGAAACCCGUCUGACGAGAAUGAUGACUUCAAAUUCUCUCCAGUGUCAAGCAUCGAAGCUAUCCAUGAGCUGGAGAAGCAUCUGGCAGAUGAAACUUACGCAAAGCGUUUCACUUCUUACAUGAAAAAGAUCGUCGGAUUUGUUGGUGACAACUGCAACGGGAUGAACAUUUCGUACACGCUGGUGGAUCAUUUUUUCGAACGAAGUGUCAUGAUGAAAUGUUCGUGGAGUGGCGCUAGUCGCAGUUCUGCCAUCAAAUUGGCAAUCAAAAACUGUAGCAAUAUCCUGGACACAUUCUUCGCAAUCGUUCGUAGUGUGAAUAUGACUUUCUCCAGGCAGCUUCUUGAGCAUUUCUUCAAACAAGUAACAAGGAAUGCCAAGAAGAGAAGCGAAGCCAAGGGUUUGCGCCAACCAACCAUACAUCGAAGGGCAAAACGAUCUAACAAAGCGCAAGUUAAAGCGGCUGUUGCUUCGAAUCAAAGUUGCGGAAGUGGCAGAACACCAUCGACGACAGACGAUGAUUCACAAUCAAGUAAAUCAUCCAACAGUGAAAUGUCGGACAGCGAGAUGCUAAUCAGCAAGGUGGAAAAUUGUGAGCCUGACAUCAGCUCGUCGUAAUGAUGUAAGUCACA